ACAUGAUUGCGGAGACCAUCACAUCCUAGAGAGGAAAUCCAAACAGCCACCAUGACACAAACCACCGAAGUGGUGAACUUGACUUACCUCUCCGAGACAGAACGAGACCUCAUCCUUCAAGUCCUGCAACGUGAUGAGGAUUUACGCAAAACUGAAGACAGAAGGAUCAGGCGCCUGAAAAAUGAACUGCUUGAAAUACGGAGGAAAGGAGCAAAGAGGGGGAGCCAGCGGUACGGCGACAGGACCUGCGCACGCUGCCAGCAGAACGUGGGCAGGGUGCUCCCCAAGACGAACACCUGCCGGAGCUGUAGCCACCUCGUGUGCAAGGACUGCAGGAUGGACACCAUUACCGGGGGCUGGAAGUGCAAAGUCUGCAUCAAGGAAGCGGAACUGAAGAAAUCCACCGGAGAUUGGUUUUAUGACCAGAAGGUGAAUCGGUUCGCCAACAGACUCGGCAGCGAUUUAGUGAGGAUCUCGCUGCGCCGCAAGCCUCCGGGACCAGUCAACAAACGAGAGACAACAGCGCAGGCCCUCCUCGAAUAUUCACAGCAGGUUAACGAGCAGAAAGCAAGAAGCGAGCAGAAGAGCCCCCAGCAGCAACAGAGGAAUUCUGGGAAGGCGACUGGUUCUCCGGACCUGAGAGAUCAGAGGAGUGACACAGAAUCUGCCGAGAAAAUGAGUAUUAACAGCUACAAAAUGGACUCGAUGAAGAGCACGCCCACCAUGUCAAGGAAGAAUUCCAUGGAGAAAGAUGGGAAGAAAGCUUCUGGUCCCAGCGGUGCCAAAGUGGAUACGCUCACAGUUCCCGUCCGGCCCCGGGAAUGUCCCCAAUCUGAUUCUGAAGGAGAGUCGCGCAUUGGGAGUCGGAGUGCGGGCUCGGCAGACGAGAGCGAUCAUUUGUUUAAGAAGAAUACUCGCAAACCCUUGAAGCCGUCAGAUUACAGUAAGUCCACCAUAGACCUACGUCCAGAAGAGAAGGUCGGAGCGGAAAGCACCAUGGGGGAUCGAAGCAAGUCUGUUCCUGGGCUGAACGCAGAAAUGGAAGAGGAAGAUGAAGAUAUUGAUAUUUUGGUGGAAAUUCAUCGUAUGACAACAGUAAGAAGCAGCAUGCGCAGUGGGACGUCCACGAGCACGCUGGGGAGCAUGAUGAGUAUUUACAGCGAGGCCGGAGACUACGGGAACGUGAUAGUGACGGGAGAGAUCAUGUUCUCCCUGAAAUACGACGGGAAGACGCAGAUCCUCAGCAUUGUGGUGAAGGAAUGCCGCAACCUGGCCUACGGAGAUGACGUAAAGAGACGCUCCAACCCAUACGUCAAGUCCUAUCUCCUGCCUGACAAGUCCCGCCAAGGAAAGCGCAAAACCACGAUUAAACGGAACACUGUCAACCCGCUGUAUGGGGAAAUGUUACAGUACAUUGUACCGGAGUCGGUCCUACUUUCCAGAACCCUGCAGCUAUCAGUCUGGCACCAUGACCGCUUUGGAAGGAACACGUUCCUCGGGGAGGUGAACCUGCCGCUCGACUCCUGGAACUUUGACAGUAUGGUGGAAGAGUGUCUUCCUCUGCACGGCAAGGGCAAUGGCGACGCUGGUGUGCCCAACUACAAAGGGGAGCUGGUUGUUUCCUUAAAGUACGUCCCACCUUCCAAGUCCACGUCUGGAAGUGAGAGAAGAAAAAGUAAAGCCGAGGAAGGGGGACAACUUCAUGUCUGGAUUAAAGAAGCCAAAAACCUGACGGCGGUUAAAACAGGAGGAACAUCUGACAGCUUCGUGAAGGGAUAUUUACUACCAAUCAAAAGUCGGAACACCAAGAGGAAGACACCGGUAGUCAAGAAGACGCUGAAUCCUCACUACAAUCACACUUUUGUCUAUAAUGGCGUCAAGCCUGAUGAUCUCCAGAAUACGUGCCUGGAACUGACAGUCUGGGAUCGAGAACCGCUAUCCAGCAAUGAUUUCCUGGGAGGAGUACGACUGGGUGCUGGAACUGGUGUAUUCAAUGGACAGCAGGUUGACUGGAUGGACUCUACCGGAGAAGAGAUGAGCCUCUGGACGAAGAUGGGGCAGUAUCCCGGCUCCUGGGCUGAAGGAACCUUGCAGCUCCGUCCCAGCAUGGCCAGGACAAAGUGAUCCUCCUCCAAAUAACCAGAACUGCACUGGGGGGAAUCACAUGCCCGCUCACGGCCAAUAAACUGU